GACCCACACGCAGAGGUGAUUGUUGUCGAAGACAGAGAGUACUUCGCUUGCUGGCGAGUGAUCGAGAUCGGUAUUGAAAAGCAAGUUCAUCAGGAAGCGCUGACAAGAUUUCAGUCCACAACCACCAUCAUGACUUUCUGGCUACCGUCCUCGGAGUACUAGUAUCAAACGAUUGCCUUUCAAUAGUCUUGUUUUUCACUGAAUAUGUCGAGGACUCCUAGAACUCCUCGAUCACGAACGCCCUCGCGAGCAGGCACACCCAUACCCGGUGCCGUGCCCGCGAGAUUAGUGCCGCCUACGCUUCGCUCUGCACCCUCAGUCUCUUCACUUCGAGUAUUCAGUCAUGGAGCGCCGUCCGCCGUACAUACGCCAAUAUCUGGCUCACCACCCAGCCGACUGGGUGAAGGGGACAGUUCGGCUUCAUCCGCUAUAAAUGUGGAAGCCACAGAAGGCAUUCUAAUACAGGAAUCAGAAGUUGAAGUGGAAACUAUUGACGGAGAAGAAGGCACCGUCAGUGGACAUAUGGAAAGCACUGCAACAGACGAGGAGGCUAAAAGGAGUCUUCGUGAACAUUUGAGGCGUACACUGAGUGAGCAGGACACAUCGAGUGAAACAAUACCUCGAAGAACACCACGUAGAGGAAUGUCCGUUGAGACAGAAGAGUUGUCAGUUUCUCCUGAAACGUACUCACCUCGACAAUAUUUCGUUCUCACCGAUGCUGGGAAGCCAGUGUUUAUUAGUCAUCAACAGAAUGAAGAAUCCGAUGCCUUCACCUCGACCAUUGGCCUCAUGCAGGCCCUCAUAUCGGUCUUUCUAGAUGACGGAGACAAGAUACGAUGCAUAAAUGCAGGGAAGACUCGUAUAACAUUCCUUCUGCGCUCUCCACUUUACUAUGCUUGUGUAUCCUCAUGGGGUGAACCAGAGUCUGUGACACGAUUCCAUCUUGAAUAUCUUCAUCUUCAAAUUCUCAGCGUCGUAUCGGCGGAGCAAUUACGUCGCAUGUUUGAACGUCGUACGAACUUUGACCUUCGGCGGCUGUUGAGUGGCGCGGAACCUUUCUUACAUUCACUGCUCUCUCGACUGGAAUGGGAUUUUGCUAUGGCGACGUCUUCCCUGCAUUGCCUAAAGUUGGACCCCAAUCUGAGGAAGGGCAUUGCGGACGCCUUAGUCCCUACGUCAAAAAUCAAGGAUAUCCUAUACAUGGUAUUGGUUGCACAUGGUCGCGUCGUGACCCUAGUUAGACCGAAGAAGCACUCCAUACACCCAUCAGACUUGCACAUUCUUAUCAACACCAUUCAUGCGCCAUCCAUCCUGAACUCGUCGGCUUCGGCAUCAUGGUUACCAAUCUGCCUACCAAAGUUCAAUCCCUCAGCAUUUGUAAAUGCCUACGUAAUGUUCCUCAGGAGGACCAGCGAAGAAACGAAGCCUCCAACAUCAUCGAGCUCUCGAGAAUCAUCAGAACCGACGUCUACGGCAGGAUCUAGGGUGCCGAGUAUCGUGGUUUCUGACCAUAGCUCCACGCCGACACCAACAUCUCUACCAGAAAUCGGUUUGAUAUGUGUCAGCGGUGCAGCUGACUUUGAGGCUGUUAGAAGUUGGUGCAACACGGUCUCAGAGAAAUUGGAGCGCGAUGGCUUAAUGAAUGCCAUGGUCGAUGCCAUUACCAAAGGGAAGACAACGUACAGCGUCUCUGACCUCAGCAUCCCUGGCCUACGUCAUUUUCUGUACAAGAGUCGAUCUCAUGUACAGGUGACGAUGCCAGAGUACGAGGAUCCAUAUGACGACCUAGAUGAACGACGAAGGCUAAUCACCUUGUAUGAAAUAUUGCACGAUGCGAUUCAUGCGAAAUCUGGUCAAGGAAGCACACUAAAGUUGCAGUAUAUUCGGACAGAGCGCGAGAGUAUCAUGGGAUGGAUCACACAACCCUUCGAGCUGUACCUUGCGAUGUCCCCCCUAAUACCCAAGUCCGCAGUUGUGAACGCCGCCAACGCGAUAUCGCGUUGGGUGCAGAAGGAAGAAAAGCGGCUGUUCCUUCGGGACGCCCCCGUGUUCUAGUCAUAUAUGCUAUCCGGGUUGUUUGUUGUCUUCUAUCACGUCGUAUACCCCACAUGUAGAGUUAAGUCCGUGCUUUUGUAAUUUUAUAAUCCAACAUGCUUUCGCCACUGCACUGCCUUGCUUCUCAGAAUUGAUAGACAGCUUUAUUAACCCCCAUGUCGUCAUGAUC